AUAUCAGCGUCGAAUCACUUUCGCAGCCCUCGUUUUUCAUCCAUCCUCCUCUACAGCCUCUCUUCUAUCAUCUCGCUCGAGGGAGCCCUAAAUUUUCUCAACGUUUCUCGCCUUUUCUUUCGCUUUCUCGCCUAUAAUUUUCUCGGGAAAAUGGCAAAUGCAGCAUCAGGGAUGGCUGUGCACGAUGAUUGCAAGCUUAGGUUUCUGGAUUUGAAGGCAAAAAGAACCUACCGUUCUAUAGUUUUCAAGAUUGAGGAAAAACAGAAGCAGGUUUUGGUGGAAAAGCUUGGCGAACCAUCUCAAAGUUAUGAUGAUUUUGCUGCCAGCCUCCCUGCUGAUGAAUGCCGAUAUGCAGUCUACGACUUCGAUUUUGUGACUGAAGAGAAUUGCCAAAAGAGCAGGAUCAUAUUCAUUGCAUGGUCUCCCGAUACAGCAAAGGUGAGAAGCAAGAUGAUCUAUGCAAGCUCAAAGGAUAGGUUCAAGAGGGAGUUGGAUGGGAUUCAAGUGGAGUUACAAGCAACUGAUCCUACCGAGAUGGGGCUCGAUGUUAUCAGAAGUCGGUCCGCCUGAGUCAUGUUAGCUGCUGGCCUUGAUUACGUGAAAUGUUCAUAGAUUGUGGGCUCCAAACUUGCUUUUUUAUGCUUAUUAUAUUCGCAUGUCCUUAAAGUUCUUUUCUUCUACCUAAGAGUUGUUCUAAGGAUGACUGUUCUUUGGCUUUCGUGAAUUUUUAACAUGGUUGGAUAUUUAUGUAUGGCUGUGGGGUUAUACUGCCGAAAUACAUAUGCAGGUAAAUAUGGAUUAAUGCCAGUUCGAGUAUAUGAGUUUGGUUUUAUCAUUAUGAGGAGAAUCGGUUGGAAUAAUUUGCCAUGA